AUGGCGGAGGAUGCAAACUUACAGUUUCUGAGCUCUCGGGGAUGUGCGGAUGGAAAGGAUGCGGAUACUGCAGAGGAGCGGGUGGCAGAAACUGCAGGAGAUAUCAGGGAGCAGCAAUUCGAGUGUCAGGCGCAGAUGGGGAACCUGGAAGAGGAGGAGGACGCCGACUUGGUGGCCGAGGCCGAGACCGUGGCCGCCGGCUGGAUGCUAGAUUUCCUCUGCCUUUCUCUUUGCCGUGCUUUUCGCGACGGUCGCUCCGAGGACUUCCACCAGACCCGCGACAGCGCCGAGGCUAUUAUUCAUGGAUUGUCCAGUCUAACAGCUUACCAAUUGAGAACUAUAUACAUAUGUCAGUUUUUGACAAGAAUUGCAGCAGGAAAAGCCCUUGAUGCACAGUUUGAAAGUGAUGAGCGAAUAACACCCUUGGAAUCAGCCCUCACUAUUUGGGAGUCACUUGAAAAGGAACAUGAUAAACUUUGUGAAGAAAUAAAGAAUCUCAUAAAAAUUCAGGCUAUAGCUGUUUGUAUGGAAAAUGGCAAUUUUAAAGAAGCAGAAGAAGUCUUUGAAAGAAUAUUUGAUGAUCCAAAUUCUUAUACGCCUUUAAAAAGAAAAUUGCUGGCGAUAAUCUCUCAGAAAGAUGCCUUCCAUUCUAUUUUUCAACACUUCAGCUACAACCAGAUGAUGGAAAAAAUAAAGAGUUAUGUGAAUUAUGUGCUAAAGGAAAAAUCAUCAACUUUUUUAAUGAAGGCAGCAGCAAAAGUUGUGGAAAGUAAAAGAACAAGAACACUAACUACUGAAGAGAAAUCUGAUAGUAAUGAUAUUGAAAUGGAAACUCAAGUUAAUUUAGAUACACGAAAAAGUGUUAGUGACAAACAGUCUGUCGUAACUGAAUCCUCAGAGGGUACAGUAUCCUUAUUGAGGUCUCAUAAGAAUCUCUUUUUAUCUAAGUUUGACUGUGGAAGCCAACUACACGGUCCUAAUGAGAAAGAGAAAAGAAUGGAAACGGUUCAAAGUGAAAAGAACGUGAAGUUAAGUAGAAGAUCAAGUGAACACAAGAAAGGAAAUUACAAAGAUCAGCCAGUAACUUCUGAAAAAUAUCGAGUUAGGAAAAAACAGGCCUGGCUUUGGGAAGAAGACAAAAACCUGAGAAGUGGUGUGAGGAAAUACGGAGAGGGAAACUGGACUAAAAUACUGUUACAUUAUAAAUUCAACAACCGAACAAGCGUCAUGCUAAAGGACAGAUGGAGGACUAUGAAGAAACUGAAACUGAUUUGCUCAGAUAGCGAAGACUAA